AUGAACGCCAACGACAAGAUCUAUGGCGAGGUGUUCCCGGUGGUGGCGCACGACUCGAUUCCGUGCCUGCUGUUCUUGAAGGACUGGAGCGCGACCAUCAACGAGCAGGAGUGCCACAUCAAGAAGUCGCACCUCAUGACCAUCCGCGGCCACCUCACCCGCUUCCCCCUCGACUUCCUCAAGCACGAGGACCUCGCGCCCAACCGAGCCGACAUCAAGAACCUCGACCUUCUCUUCACCGACGAAGACGUGUUCACAUGA